AUAACUUUUCAGUUUAUGAUAUGUAUGAUCAAGAUCGUACAAAUUUAUGUAAACCUGUUAUGGCUUACGUUGCAAAUUUUUUACUACAUAUGCCAAAGCGUAUACCACCAUUGCUUCGGAUUACAUGAAAAGGAAGUGGCUGGUGAGAUUGUUUUGAUAACAGGUGCAGGUCACGGUAUAGGAAAGGAGUUGGCGAUUCAAUAUGCGUCUUUGGGCGCGAAAGUGGUAUGCUUAGAUGUGAAUAAACAUACAAACGAGGAAACGGCCAACCAAAUUGGAAAAAAUGCAUACGCUUAUCGAUGUGAUGUAACUAAAAGAGAAGAGAUUUUUGCACUAGCUAAAAAAGUGAAGGAAGAAGUCGGCGAUGUCACAAUUUUAGUUAACAAUGCUGGUAUAAUGCCAUGUCGUACUUUUCUAGAUUAUACAGCCGAUGAAAUCGAACAAAUCUUCAACGUUAAUGUGCUAGCCCACUUUUGGAUGUUGCAGGCAUUUUUACCGAUUAUGAUAGAAAAAAAUUAUGGUCACGUCGUUGCACUCUCAUCAAUAGCAGGCAUCGCAGGACUUCCCAACUUAAUUCCUUAUUCCGCUUCAAAGCAUGCAGUCCAA